AUAACAUAAAUAAAACCAGUUCGAGAUAAAACAAAUAAUACCAGUGAACCCAUGGUCAAACGUUAUCACCUGUUACUUUAUAUAAGCAUGUGUGACCUAAAUGAUUUUGCAAACGAUUUCAAAUUUCUCUUAGAACUCAAAUCUUAUUUAAAAGAAUACAUAGCAACAAAUGCUUCGAAAAAUAUCGGAGACGAAAUAAAUAAAGGGAUAUAUUCCAAAUUAGUGGACGGUCGUAGCAUCAGAAUAGUGCUACCUCGUGGGUGUGACGUGCUUAGAAGUGUCUCCCUUGAAAAUGGCUUAGAUUUUGUUGGCUUUAUUGGUUUCAGCAAACCAGCAGACCAAGUGUCAGAAACUCUCAGGGAUAAAGUGUGGGAUAUUGAUGGGAAACUAAUUGAGGAAUUUUCUAACCAUGAAGAUAUUAUUGCGUAUUUGUCUGCAGAACGAACCAUAGGUGGAGAAUGGGGAAACUUGGUUCUUCUAAAAUCAUUUGAUGCCAUUGAACAAUGGAGGGAUUGUCCAGUUCAUCAUACAGCUAUCAAUGAAAUUGCUCCACUCUAUUACACACGGGUAAGGAUCCAUAGAGGUCGAAUUCAAAAUGGAGACAUCAUUUCAGACCAGACAUUGUUUCUAGACUAUGACAUCACGCCUAUAAAUAGAUCUGUGAAAGUUUGGAAUGAAUAAAAACAAAUAAUUUAACAUAAACCAUGUCCAUCUUUUCAGUUUUAUUGUUAAUGAUAUCAGAUUGUUUUAUUUAAGGAAUAUCUGUGUCAACUGUUCUGCUUACAUCCUUUGUGAAGACUUUUUGUUGUUUAUUAGCGACAGGUGCCACCACUGGAA